UUUGAGAGCAAACAAAAGGCCCUCAAUUUGGGCUGCAGCUCAAACAGUCGUUGAGCGUUUCAUAACGAGCGCGGAAUAAAUAUUUAAGUUUGAAUAGAACUUCUUAAACUGGCGUGGCGUGGCGUGGCAAACAUUUGUGCAAACAGCAGCAAACAGACUGUUGUAAUAGCUGCACCAGAUAUUUGACUCUUCCCGUGCGAUCCGUAUAAAAGAUGCGCAUUGGGGCAGUGGAAGACACAGUUCAAUUGCAGCAACAAUUUGGUGAACAACCAGGGAAAGCUCGAUAACAGACAGACAGACAGACAUAAUGAAGUUCUCUUUGGUUCUAUUGGUGGUCUGCGCGUUAGCUGCAUCGGUGCAGGCGCAAACCACGGCCGUCGAUUACGUCUACAAAGAACAGGGCACCGGUGAAUUCAGUCCCUCCAGCUACGACUACUCCAGCUACUACUAUCCAUCGUAUCCAUCGUAUCCAUCGUAUCAAUCCUCCUAUCCGUCCUCUUACUACUACUACGAAGAUGAUGUGACAACCCCCAAGCCAUUCAAGCACCAAUUCCUGUCCAUGCUCUUCAAGAAAGGAUAAGCUGGGUAUGCUGUGAGAAUCCAGCUCGAUAACGACGUCGUCCUCAACCAAAUACUGUUAACGUUAAAAUGUGAAAAUACAAUUAAACUUAAUUUAUAAACAAAAACAAAACCAAAA